GUCAACAAGAUUUUUUUCCUCAAUUUGGGGCCGACGCGUGAAAGUGGAAAUAGGAACGUUUCAAUUGCCGCGUCUGAAAGACUGCCUUUUUUUUGUAUCGGCCACCUGAAUCGAGGUGACUUUUUAAACAUCUUUAACCUCAUGCCGACAGCUACUUCUAGAAAGGCGACAGCUAUUGCGUCAUUAUCCACAACAAUACCUCAAAUCUUCAAUGACGCUCAGAAACCAAACGCUAACCAACGAAAGCACGCUAUUGCCUUGCGAAAGAUUCAGGAACAGUGUGCUUUAAACAGCCCCAUUGUCGAAGAUCAGCCUCAAGAUAUCGAUGCCGAAGGUGAAGCAGCUUUUAUACAAGAGACGAUCCGAAACCUCAAUAAGAUUCUACGAAUUCGAAAACGAGAACCCCAUGCUGAUCGUAUCAUUCGAUUUGUCGCUACCUUUAUUCAAUACACUCAACAGCUAGAUAGCAAAGAUACGGAGAAAGAAGAAGAUAACGACGAGGAAAACGAAGAGGAAGAGGAGGAAGAAAGCGAAACCGUGUCAUCGCGAUUUGUCGAAUACCUUAUGCGCCACUUGCUCAGAGGCAUGAAAGCGAAAAGUAAAUCCAUUCGACUACGUUGUUGCCAGAUUAUCGCUCUCAGUAUCAAUUCCCUGGGAGAAAUUGAUGAAGACCUGUACCAGGAUCUGAGACAGGCAUUGUUUGAACGCAUCAAAGAUAAGGAGUCCUCUAUUCGUAUUCAGGCGGCCACCGCUCUUUCUCGAUUGCAAAACGCCGACGACGAAGUAGACGAAGCUGACGGCAAAACGAUUACACAAAAGUUGGUUCAUAUUCUUCAGCAUGACCCAAGCGCGGAAGUACGUCGCGUUGUCCUAUUUAACUUAGAUCAGACCAAAGAAACCCUUCCUUUCAUUAUUGAACGCGCGCGUGAUGUGGAUGCCAUCAAUCGUCGGGUUGUGUUUCUAAAACCUAUGGCCGAUCUUCAGGAUUUCAGAAUGCUCACGGUUCAGCAACGACAUCAGUUAUUGAAAUGGGGUCUCAACGAUAGAGAUCCUUUGGUGAGAAGAGCUGCCAGUCGAGUCAUUGCCACGCACUGGAUUCGACACGCUGAUCAUAAUCUGCUGGAGUUCCUCGAACGCAUGGAUGUAGUUGAAGGGGAUGCCGCGGAAGACAUAUUAACAGCCUUCCUGUCCAUGAGAAUCGAUAUUAUCAACGAUAUCAAAUUCGACGAUCAAUUUUGGGACAAUCUUUCUCCUGAGAGUGCAUUUCUGGCAAAAGUAUUCAUCAAAUUUCUGCAAUCCAAAAAGUACGAUGAAAAAUUAGACGCCUUACUUCCAGAGGUGACACGACAUGCUUUUUAUAUUCAAAAUUACAACCAUUUAUGGCAACAAGCAUCAAAGGAGACCGAAGGAGACUAUGAAUUUAUCAUUGGUCAAUUACUGGAUAUUGCCAAAUGUCUUGAUUACGCCGAUGAAGUCGGUAGACGAAAGAUGUUUGUCUUGUUGCGUGAAAUUCUUAUGGUGCCUGAUAUACCGGAUGAUCAUCUGAAAAGUAUCGUAGAACUUUUCCGCAUUAUUUCACUGGACGAGAAAGAUUUUACUAGAACGAUGAUGGAAAUUAUCUCGGAUAUACAAGAAGUUGCGGACACAGAUGAUACCAAUGACUUGGACAUGGAAAAUGAACUGCCUGCUAAACGAAUGAGACUUGCGGAUCGAUCCAUGACCGUGAAAAAUGAGCAAGCUGACGAAGAAACUGAUCCUCAUGCAUUACGGCAAAUGGUCGCUCGUUUAAAGUGUCUUACUAUAUGUAAACAUAUGCUGGAGCACACUGAAGAGUCGUUGCACCAAAACUCUACGGUUUAUGGUUUGCUCAAUGAACUCAUCGUUCCUUCGGUUCAAAGCAAAGAAAUUGUGCUGCGCGAGGAAGGCUUGUAUUGCUUGGGUCUCUGCUGCAUGUUGGACAAGACGCUUGGAAUACACAACAUCAACUUGUUUGUUCACCUACUGAGAAAUGGUCAUGCCGAGCUCCAACAAAGAGCCCUCAUGAUUCUCUUUGACCUAAUCAUGACAUUUGGCUUAUCGACCGUUGUAUCCAAAAUGGAAAGUGAGACUGAGCUUCAUGAAAUUUUUGAAUUCUGUUUGGAUCAUGACAACGUGGAGCUGCAAGCUAUCGCCGUCGAGGGUAUCGCCAAACUAAUGCUCCAUCGAUUAUUUCAACACGAAGAGACCCUGAAAUUGUUGGUGCUCUUGUAUUAUUACCCAAGCAGUGUUGAAAAUACCAAGGCUCAGCAGUGCUUGACCUACUUUUUCCCUGCAUUCUGCUAUUCAUCUGCGAAAAAUCAAGCAAUCAUGGCCAAGAUUGCGAUACCCACAUUAGAAGAUCUUUGCUCAACAUAUGCUGAUCUGGAUAAAGAUGAAGAUAUGGUAUCCCCAUCCCAGAUAUCCGACAUGCUGGCCGAUUGGACAGACCCUCGAAAAGUGGCGAAAUCAAAAAUUUCGCGCUUAGAAGAUCAAGAGGUGGAUUUGGGGCUUCAGGCAGACAUGGCACUUCAGAUUUUAAGCAAUAUCUACAACGAGACAGGAGUGACACGAAAAACGAUGUGCCAUAUGCUCUCAAAGAUCUAUAUAGCAGAAGGAGGAGAAGAUCGUUUGCAAAAGAUUUUGACGCUAUGUGAGACGAUCGAAAAGGAAAAGCCUAUCAAAGAAGUGUUGAUUCGAAAUUCUUUCCGACAUUUCAUCAAAUCGGUGAAGAAGCAUUUGCAACAGGAGGAUGCCGUUGUGGAUGAUCAGAGAGAAGACGACAGCGUCACCGCAUAAUGACUUGCGGCCUGAUCGGCCCCCUAUUUAUUCAUCGAGAUGCGCUGAAGCGUACGAAAAUCAAUUGAAUACGUUCCAGCCAUCCAACAAAGACCACCCAGGCCCUAGUUUUACAUAUCAUUAGAUGCUUCAUGUAACACUUUCGAGUCCCCUCAUUAAAACCCGUAUCAUGUAAUAUAACCAGCUUUCCUCAAUAUGAAUAACGAUUCAUUACGUUUUCAUGAAC